AUGGCCAUCGUACUGCCCUUUGCAUCGCUGACCUCGAGCCACAGCGCCAGUGUGGUGCUGGCUGUCCAGCAGCCCUUCGCCUCUCACGGCACCAAAAAACGCCCAUUGGCACUCUUUCGUCUCGUAGACGACACGCUCAAAGUCCCCCACGAGGAUGACGCUGCAGAUCCUGAGCCGACACUUGAUCGUCCGUCGAUCCUCUAUGCUGGGAAAGGCCCACACGACAAGGCCAUUGACAAGGCCAUUGACAAGGUCAGUGUUGACAUUGAUCCGUACGAGUUGACGCUGCUCACAGUCGUCGGUCGUGGCACCUUUGCGCGUCAAGUGGCGCUGGCGAAACACAAGAACACAAAGAACCUGUACGUCGUCAAGACGCUUGAUAAGCGCGCACUGCUUCAGCGCAAACAAGUGGUACACACGCUCACGGAGAAAAAGGUGCUGGAGAAACUGGACGGCCACCCGUUUAUCGUGAAGCUUUACUCGGCCUUCCAGACUGAGCGCGACCUGCAUUUCGUGCUCGAGUACUGCCAGGGAGGCGAGCUCUUUUUCCACUUGCAACAGCAACACUCGCACAACUUUGACGAACACGCGACACGGUUCUACGCUGCAGAAGUGCUGGCUGCUCUGAGUGACCUCCAUGCUCGUGGCAUCGUUUACCGCGAUCUAAAGCCCGAAAACGUCUUGCUGGAUGCUCAAGGCCAUGUGAAGCUGACGGACUUUGGCUUUGCCAAGCAGGAUAUGAAGGCUGGACAGCGCACGUAUUCAUUCUGUGGUUCACCCGAGUACCUGUCGCCUGAGAUGGUCAAGAAAAACGGCCACGGUAUCGAGACCGAUAUGUGGUCGUUUGGCUGCUUCAUUUACGAGCUCCUCACCGGCUCGCCACCGUUCCGAUGCGACAACAUGCUCCGCCUCUUCAGGUUGAUUGAGCAGGGGCGGGUAUGGUAUCCACCCUUCCUGUCGGGUCACGCCAUGUCACUGCUCAAGGGCUUGUUGUGCACCAACCCCGCCGGUCGUCUCACUGCCGCUCAAGCCAUGGAGCACCCGUUUUUCAAGCUGUCUCUGGACUGGCGUGAGCUCUAUCAGCGCCAAGUCACACCGCCUAUCGUGCCAGUCUGUCGAGGACGCGAGUCCACCGAGAACUUCGACGAAGAUUUUACGACUGCACACGUGGUCUCGCUGAAGCUGCAACCGGGUGAUGUCCUAAAACGCCUGCGACGUGACGACUGCUCGGGGCCAGUCGCUGGGGCUGACGAGUUCCAGGACUUUUGA